AUGCGUUUCUCAAACUUCUUCGUCUCAGCCUCUCUGGGGAACUUGGCUCUCGGCGCAGCCUUCUCUACUGGGAGACUCGAGAGUCGGAAACAAGGCACUGGAACUGAUUGUUCUCUAAGCCAGACUGCCGCGAGUGCUCCUCACAAGAACUUCUGGGGUAGUCUGACUACCCAGGAGACUAAGGAUGUCCUCGCUCUUCUGCAUAGCAAUGCGACGGGCUUCAACUUGACUGCUGCAGAGACUGCAGGAAGCCGAGACAACAAGAUCAUGUCAGUUGAGCUCAUGAUGCCCAACAAGACCGAUGUCCUCCCCUUCCUCUCCAACAGUACCGGCAGCCCAGAGCGUUAUGCCCUAGCCGCAAUUAUGUUUGGCGCAGUUGAGAGUGCCUACGUUCAAGAGUUCAAGGUUGGCCCUUUGCCUAUCACCAACGCCUCGUAUGUUAUGCCGUACACCUUCACAAACACAAGGGGUGGUGAUGGUAAGAUCCCAAUCGUCAAUCCUGAUGCUGAGGAUUAUGGCAACUUCAAUCUUGAGGUCAUGAAGAGCGCAGAGGACGUGACGAAACGGCUCUGGAACCUAACCGUCGCGGAUGGACUGCAGAUCCCGCUUGCUUUCGCAGCUCCCCUCACAGUUACAGAGGACAAGGUCAUCAUGUGGCAGGGCUUCAAUGCACCUGUCACCAGCAUCUACGACACAAUCUCCCUACUCCCUCUAGGUCUGUAUAUGAGAACAGACAUCACAGGUCGUGAUCCCAGCAAGUGGAAAGUGACAGGUUGGGUGUACAACAAUGAGUUCUACAAAGACCUCGAUGCAUUCCGCAAAGUCAUUGCCGAGCCUGAUUUCAAACCCCUGGGAGCCAACCUGGACCAGCCUUGGGCACAUACUAACAAGCAUGGCGAUGCUCUCCCCCUGGAUGAUGAGGCUCCACCGGCUUCUGUUCAGUCUGGAAAGGAGAGGUUUGUUGUUGAUGAGGAGGAGAGCUACGUUUCGUGGAUGGACUUUUCAUUCUAUGUUAGCAUUACACGAGAUAAUGGUUUGAGACUUUACGACAUCCGAUAUAAGGGCAAGAGGAUCAUGUAUGAGCUUGGACUUGAUGAGGCUAUUGCCCAUUAUGCUGGCAUUGAUCCCGUUCAAUCUGGAACCUGCUACUUCGACAGCAUGUCUGGCUUUGGACCUACCAUGAUCUCUCUCGUCAAGGGCUACGACUGCCCCUCAUACUCUCACUACCUCAACGUCACAGCGACUACAGGCGAGACUACCUUUACCCAGAAGGAUGGCCUCUGCAUGUUCGAGAUCGAUAAGGGUUUCCCCAUCCAACGCCACUCCUGGGCCGGCCACACCACUGUGACUAAGAACAUCGCCUUCAAUGUCCGUGCCAUCUACACCAUCGGAAACUAUGACUACAUGACCACCUACCAGUUCCACCUCGACGGGUCCAUCGAAGUCGACGUCCGGGCAUCAGGAUACAUCUCAUCUGCGUUCUACGCUGAGAACGAAGACUACGGCUUCAAGAUCCACGAUAGUCUUUCUGGGUCUCUACAUGAUCAUGUCAUUACCUUCAAGGCCGAUUUCGAUAUCUUGGGCGAGAAGAAUUCGUUGCAGAAGGUUGCUAUUGAGCCUACGGUUGAGAAGUAUAAGUGGUCAGAUGGUGAGACGCGUAGCACUAUGAAGGCUGUUAAGAGCUUCAUCAAGAAUGAAGAUGAUGGCAAGAUCAACUGGUCGCCCAAUGGUGGGGCUAUGUAUGCCGUCGUCAACAAGGAUGAGAAGAACCCUUACGGUGAGAACCCAGGAUACAGGAUCGUACCAGCAUCUGGCGUGGCGUACCUCACCGUUCAGGACUCCUCCGUCACCAAGAACGCAGCCCACCAUACAACCCAUCAUCUCUACGUUACCCGCCAAAAGGACAACGAGACCUACGCGGCUGGGGCAUACAACUCUCUCACCCCCGAAGAUCCGCAGGUUGACUUUGACAAGUACUUCAACGGCGAGUCCCUCGACCAAGAGGAUAUUGUCGUUUGGUUCAACCUCGGAAUGCACCAUAUGCCUCAUACAGGCGAUCUCCCCAACACAGUCUUCUCCACCGCGCACUCAUCCAUGUUGAUUGAGCCGCUAAACUAUCUCCUCGGUGAUCCGUCGCUGGCUAGCUCGCAGCAGGUUCUCAUCAAGACCACGGAUAGCAAGCCUGAGAUUACGAGAUAUGGGGCUAAAGAGGCGACGUGCCCGGUUGAUCUGGCGCAACUUAACCCUGAUCUGUCGAGCUACUCCAACAGCAUCAGUGUUCUGAAGUAUCCCUUCGAUGGAUCAAAGCCGGAUCGUGCUUAG